UAUGACUGUAUAUAGUAUAGUAUAUAUAUAUCUAAGAAGAAAGGUUUGCUGAUUGUAGCCACAAUUUUCUAAAAGUUUAACACCGGUACAAACUACCUUAACAAUUCAAUUCGUGGCUUUCGAGUUGCCUAUAUACAAUGAGUGGAUUCAGAAAAUCUACAGCAAAGUAUAUGUAUUUAGCUGGGUGUGGAAUGCGCAGGUCGAGUUCAAUAGUUUCCCCCGAUACAAGGCCGGUGCUUUACUCGUAUUUCUACAGUUCUUGUUCUUGGCGAGUACGAAUUGCAUUGGGAUUGAAAAAGAUACCUUACGAACUAAGGCCGACAAGUCUGGUUACGACUGAGGCUAAUGACUCCAUAAACUGCUAUACGAAUGAGUAUCGAGAACUUAAUCCUAUGCAACAGGUACCAGCUUUACAAAUUGACGGACAGACACUAUGCGAUUCCGUGGCCAUUAUGCACUAUCUGGAUGAAACACGGCCGCUGCAUCCGUUGUUGCCACAGGAUCCGCACAAGCGAGCCAAAGUGCGCGAGAUUGUUGAGAUCAUAUGCUCAGGUAUUCAGCCGCUGCAGAACAGACUAGUAUUAUCACACCUGGGCAAAGAAAAGAGCAGGGAGUGGGCGCAACAUUGGAUAUCACGUGGCUUUCGGGGUCUGGAGCAGGUGCUUUCGCUUUCGUCUGGGAAAUACUGUGUGGGCGAUGAAAUAUCCAUGGCUGAUUGCUGCCUUGUACCACAAGUUUUCAACGCCAGAAGGUACAAAGUCACCUUGGAUCCUUAUCCCACAAUCUUGCAGCUCGAUCAAAAUUUGGCGACUAAUGAAACUAUUCGCGCCAGCCAUCCACACAAUCAACCAGACUGUCCGCCGAAGUUGGCAAAUAAAUAAUUUACUAUUUUAAACAACUCAUGGUCUAAUAAAUCCUCUGCAUCUCACACGCACCUGUAA